AUGAACAACUCUUUCUUAUUCUUGAAUAAAGAAUCUAUUUUAUCUUUAUUUAAUCCUCCUCAUUUAAUACAAUUAAUUGAACAAGCCUUGUACUCUUUUAAUUCGUCUAAUUUCUUAACUAUUACUCCUAACAAUGUUUAUCGUCAUAUCCCUAGUAUUUUCGGUUUAAUGAUUUUAUUUGACACAAAUGGUUUUCCUCUUUGUUUAUUAGAUGGAAGCACUUUAACUUCAAUUAGAACUGGUGGUAUUGGUGGUCUUGCAAUUGAUCUUCUUACACAACAAAACGUACAAUCUCUAGGUUUAAUUGGGUGUGGUGUUCAAGGUUAUUAUCAAUUACUCUUUGCAUGUUCUAUUCGAAAAUUCUCCACUAUUUAUUUAUUCAACUUUCCUGAGACAGACCUUUCUCCGUUCAUCCACAAACUAUCUAAUGACUUACUUCAUCAUGGUGUUCACCACCACAUCCAUUUUGUAGUUUGUUCUUCCCCUACAGACGUUGUUCUUAAUUCUCAAGUAAUCAUCACUGCUACUACUUCUUCUAAACCUGUUCUUCCUGACACACCUCUUCUCUAUCUUGAUAAAACAAUUAUUGCAAUUGGCUCUUAUCUCCCUACGUCUCGAGAACUUCCUGAUGCUGUGUUUAGUGAUGAAACGUCAGUGUUUAUUGAAAUGGACUAUGCCAAAAAAGAGAGUGGUGACAUUUUAAUUCCAUUACAAAAUAACAAACUUUCUAAUGAAAAUAUUCAUUAUUUAAUAGACAUCAAAAAAGACAAAUCACUAACAAGAAGGACUAACAUUUUUAAGUCUGUUGGAAUGGCAUUAUAUGAUAAUAUUGUUGGAUAUGACUUAUACAGGGAUGCAAAAGAGAAAAAUAAAGGAGAAGAAAUAAUAUUAUAA